CUGGAGCCCGGGGAGCGGCGCGCGCGGCCCCAGCCCAGCCGCCGUCCCGGCCUCGCGCUGCACAUUCUCUCCUGGCGGCGGCGCCACCUGCGGCAGCGUUCGCCCGAACAUGGCGACACGGAGCAGCAGGAGGGAGUCGCGACUCCCCUUCCUAUUCACCCUGGUCGCGCUGCUGCCGCCCGGGGCUCUGUGCGAGGUGUGGACGCAGACGCUGCCCGGCGGCCGCACGCCCCUGCCCCAGGACCGAGGCUUCCGCGUGGUGCAGGGCGAGCCGCGCGAGCUGCGGCUGUGGGCGCGCGGGGGGCCUCGGGGGGCGGACGAGAAGCCGCUCCGGAGGAGACGGAGCGCUGCCCUGCAGCCGGAGCCCAUCAGGGUGUACGGACAGGUUAGUCUGAAUGAUUCCCACAAUCAGAUGGUGGUGCACUGGGCCGGGGAGAAGAGCAACGUGAUCGUGGCCUUGGCCCGGGACAGCCUGGCACUGGCAAGGCCCAGGAGCAGUGAUGUGUACGUGUCUUACGACUACGGGAAAUCGUUCAAGAGAAUUUCCGAGAAACUGAGCUUCGGUGUGGGAAACAGCAGUGAGGCGGUGAUCGCCCAGUUCUACCACAGCCCCGCGGACAACAAGCGCUACAUCUUUGCAGAUGCUUACGCCCAGUACCUCUGGAUCACGUUUGACUUCUGCAAUACUAUCCAAGGCUUUUCCAUCCCGUUCCGGGCAGCCGAUCUCCUCCUGCACAGCAAGGCCUCCAACCUUCUCCUGGGCUUUGACAGGUCUCACCCCAACAAGCAGCUGUGGAAGUCAGACGAUUUUGGCCAGACCUGGAUCCUGAUUCAGGAACACGUGAAGUCCUUUUCUUGGGGUAUCGAUCCCUAUGACAAGCCAAACACCAUCUACGUGGAACGGCAUGAACCCUCUGGCUACUCCACGGUUGUCCGAAGUACGGACUUCUUCCAGUCCCGGGAGAACCAGGAAGUGAUCCUGGAGGAAGUGAAGGACUUUCAGCUUCGGGACAAGUACAUGUUUGCUACAAAGGUGGUGCAUCUCUGGGGCAGUCUGUAUCCAUCUUCGGUCCAGCUCUGGGUCUCUUGUGGCAGGAAGCCCAUGCGACCAGCCCAGUUUGUCACAAGGCAUCCUAUUAACUUAAAUUUUAUGUCAUUUAUGAUAAAAACACACCAAGGAAAUAUCGGUUCAGGUUCACAGCUGUUUAUUUUCUCUUACCGUAGGUAUUUUGCAAAUGAGCCGUUUGCCGACUUCCACCGCGUGGAAGGGUUGCAAGGAGUCUACAUCGCUACUCUGAUUAACGGUUCCAUGAAUGAAGAGAACAUGAGAUCAGUCAUCACCUUUGACAAAGGGGGUACCUGGGAGUUCCUUCAGGCUCCAGCCUUCACAGAAUAUGGAGAAAAAAUCAACUGUGAGCUCGCCCAGGGCUGUUCCCUGCACCUGGCCCAGCGGCUCAGUCAGCUGCUCAACCUCCAGCUCCGAAGGAUGCCCGUCCUGUCCAAGGAGUCCGCUCCCGGUCUCAUCAUCGCCACUGGUUCGGUGGGAAAGAACUUGGCAAGCAAGACGAACGUGUACGUUUCUAGCAGCGCGGGAGCCCGGUGGCGAGAGGCACUUCCUGGACCUCACUACUAUACUUGGGGAGAUCAUGGCGGCAUCAUCAUGGCCAUCGCCCAGGGCAUGGAAACCAAUGAGCUGAAAUACAGCACCAAUGAAGGGGAGACCUGGAAAACGUUCAUCUUCUCCGAGAGGCCGGUGUUCGUGUAUGGGCUCCUCACGGAACCCGGCGAGAAGAGCACCGUCUUCACCAUCUUCGGCUCCAGCAAGGAGAACGCCCACAGCUGGCUGAUCUUCCAGCUCAACGCCACGAAUGCCUUGGGGGUUCCCUGCACAGAGAACGACUACAAGCUCUGGUCGCCAUCGGAUGAGCGGGGCAACGAGUGUUUGCUAGGACACAAGACCGUUUUCAAGCGGAGGACUCCCCACGCCACGUGCUUUAACGGAGAAGACUUCGACCGGCCCGUGGUCGUGUCCAACUGCUCUUGCACGCGAGAGGACUAUGAGUGUGACUUCGGCUUCAAGAUGAGUGAAGAUUUGUUCUUAGAGGUGUGUGUUCCUGAUCCGGAGUUUUCUGGGAAGUCCUACUCUCCUCCCGUGCCGUGUCCUGUGGGUUCUACUUACAGGAGAACAAGAGGCUAUCGGAAGAUUUCUGGGGACACUUGUAGUGGAGGAGACGUUGAAACACGACUGGAAGGAGAACUGGUCCCGUGUCCCUUGGCAGAGGAGAACGAGUUUAUCCUGUACGCCAUGCGGAAGUCCAUCCACCGCUAUGACCUGGCCUCGGGAGCCACAGAGCAGUUGCCUCUCACCGGGCUGCGGGCCGCAGUGGCCCUGGACUUCGACUACGAGCACAACUGCUUAUACUGGUCCGACCUGGCCUUGGACACCAUCCAGCGCCUCUGUUUGAACGGGAGCACAGGGCAAGAGGUGAUCAUCAAUUCUGGCCUGGAAACCGUAGAAGCCUUGGCUUUCGAGCCCCUCAGCCAGUUACUUUAUUGGGUGGACUCUGGCUUUAAAAAGAUUGAGGUAGCCAAUCCAGAUGGCGACUUCCGGCUCACGAUCGUCAACGCCUCCGUGCUCGACCGGCCCAGGGCUCUGGUCCUCCUGCCCCAAGACGGGGUGAUGUUCUGGACCGACUGGGGAGACCUGAAGCCGGGAAUCUAUCGGAGCAACAUGGACGGCUCGGCUGUCCAUCGUCUCGUGUCAGAGGAUGUGAAAUGGCCCAAUGGCAUCUCUGUGGAUGACCAGUGGGUCUACUGGACAGACGCCUACCUGGACUGCAUCGAGCGGAUCACUUUUGACGGCCAACAGCGCUCCAUCAUCCUGGACAACCUCCCGCACCCCUACGCCAUUGCCGUCUUUAAGAACGAGAUCUACUGGGAUGACUGGUCACAGCUCAGCAUCUUCCGAGCUUCCAAAUACAGCGGCUCCCAGAUGGCGGUUCUCGCGAGUCAGCUCACGGGGCUGAUGGACAUGAAGAUUUUCUACAAGGGCAAGACGACUGGAAGCAAUGCCUGCGUGUCCAGGCCAUGCAGCCUGCUGUGCUUGCCCAAAGCCAACAAUAGUAAAAGCUGCAGGUGUCCAGAGGGCGUGGCCAGCAGCAUCCUCCCAUCCGGGGACCUGAUGUGUGAGUGCCCUCAAGGCUACCAGCGGGAGAACGACACCUGCCUCAAAGAAGAGAACACCUGUCUCGGGAACCAGUAUCGUUGCGGCAACGGGAACUGUAUCAACAGCAUUUGGUGGUGUGACUUUGACAAUGACUGCGGUGACAUGAGCGACGAGAGAAACUGCCCGACUACCGUCUGUGAUCUGGACACCCAGUUCCGCUGCCAGGAGUCUGGGACCUGCAUCCCACUCUCCUACAAAUGUGACCUUGAGGAUGACUGUGGUGACAACAGCGAUGAAAGUCACUGUGAAAUGCACCAGUGCCGGAGCGACGAGUACAGCUGCAGCUCUGGGAUGUGCAUCCGCUCGUCCUGGGUGUGCGAUGGGGACAAUGACUGCAGGGACUGGUCCGAUGAAGCCAACUGUACCGCCAUCUAUCACACCUGCGAGGCCUCCAACUUCCAGUGCCACAACGGACACUGUAUCCCCCAGCGGUGGGCGUGCGAUGGUGACAUGGAUUGCCAGGAUGGUUCCGAUGAGGACCCAGUGAACUGUGAGAAGAAGUGCAAUGGAUUCCGCUGCCCGAAUGGCACGUGCAUCCCGUCCAGCAAGCACUGCGACGGCCUGCGGGAUUGCUCGGAUGGCGCGGACGAGCAGCACUGCGAGCCCCUGUGCACGCGCUUCAUGGACUUCGUGUGCAAAAACCGCCAGCAAUGCCUGUUCCACUCCAUGGUGUGUGAUGGGAUCGUCCAGUGCCGCGACGGCUCCGACGAGGACGCAGCGUUCGCAGGAUGCUCCCAAGACCCUGAGUUCCACAAGGUCUGUGAUGAGUUCAGUUUCCAGUGCCAGAAUGGAGUGUGCAUCAGCUUGAUUUGGAAAUGCGACGGCAUGGAUGACUGUGGUGACUACUCCGACGAAGCCAGCUGUGAAAACCCCACGGAAGCCCCGAACUGCUCCCGCUACUUCCAGUUCCAGUGUGAGAAUGGCCACUGCAUCCCCAACAGGUGGAAAUGUGACAGGGAGAACGACUGUGGCGACUGGUCUGAUGAGAGGGACUGCGGAGAUUCACAUAUUCUUCCGUCGCCCACUCCCGGGCCCUCCACGUGUCUCCCCAACUACUACCGCUGCAGCAGCGGGGCGUGCGUGAUGGACAGCUGGGUGUGCGACGGGUACCGGGAUUGCGCAGACGGCUCGGAUGAGGAAGCCUGCCCCUCGCCUGCAAAUGUCACGGCUGCCUCUGUUCCCACUCACCAUGGGCACUGUGACCGAUUUGAAUUUGAAUGUCGCCAACCAAAGAAGUGUAUCCCAAACUGGAAACGCUGUGAUGGCCACCAAGAUUGCCAAGAUGGCCAGGAUGAGGCCAACUGCCCCACACACAGCACCUUGACCUGUAUGAGCAGGGAGUUCAAGUGUGAGGACGGCGAGGCGUGCAUUGUGCUCUCCGAGCGCUGUGAUGGCUUCCUGGACUGCUCGGACGAGAGCGACGAGAGGGCCUGCAGCGACGAACUAACUGUAUACAAAGUACAGAAUCUUCAGUGGACGGCUGACUUCUCUGGGGACGUAACAUUGACCUGGACGCGGCCCAAGAAAAUGCCUUCUGCUGCUUGUGUAUAUAACGUCUACUACAGGAUGGUUGGGGAGGGCAUCUGGAAGACCGUGGAGACGCACAGCAAUAAAACCAACACCAUAUUAAAAGUCUUGAAGCCAGACACCACAUAUCAGGUCAAAGUGCAGGUCCAGUGCCUCAGCAAAGUGCAUAACACCAACGACUUUGUGACUCUGCGGACGCCAGAAGGACUGCCAGACGCCCCGCAAAAUCUCCAGCUGUCACUCCACAGGGAAGAGGAAGGCGUGAUUGUGGCCCACUGGAUUCCUCCCACCCACUCCCAUGGCCUCAUUCGAGAGUACAUUGUGGAAUACAGCAGGACUGGUUCCAAGAUGUGGGCCUCCCAGAGGGCUGCUAGUAACUUUACGGAAAUAAAGAAUUUACUGGUUAACGCUCCAUACACCGUCAGAGUGGCUGCGGUGACGAGCCGUGGAGUAGGAAACUGGAGCGGUUCUAAAUCCAUCACCACCAUCAAAGGCAAAGAGAUCCCACCGCCAGAUAUCCACAUCGACAGCUAUGGUGAGAAUUUUCUGAGCUUCACCCUGACCAUGGAGAGUGACAUCAAGGUGAAUGGCUAUGUGGUGAACCUUUUCUGGGCAUUUGACACCCACAAACAAGAGAAGAGAACUUUGAACUUCCGGGGGAGCAUCUUAUCACACAAAGUUGCCAAUCUGACGGCUCAUACGUCCUAUGAGAUUUCUGCCUGGGCCAAGACUGAUUUAGGGGAUAGCCCUCUGGCAUUUGAGCAUGUCACCACCAAAGGAGUCCGCCCACCUGCUCCUAGCCUCAAAGCCAAGGCCAUCAAUCAGACUGCAGUGGAAUGCACCUGGACUGGCCCCAGGAAUGUGGUUUAUGGUAUUUUCUAUGCUACGUCCUUCCUUGACCUGUAUCGCAAUCCUCAGAACCUGACUACUUCCCUGCACAACAAAACAGUCAUUGUCAGUAGGGACGAGCAGUAUUUGUUUCUGGUGCGGGUGGUGGUGCCCUACCAAGGGCCAUCCUCUGACUAUGUCGUGGUCAAGAUGAUCCCAGACAGCAGGCUCCCACCGCGUCACCUGCACGUCGUUCAUACCGGCAAAACCUCAGCUGUCAUCAAGUGGGAAUCCCCAUAUGAUUCUCCUGACCAGGACCUGUUAUAUGCAGUUGCUGUCAAAGAUCUAAUAAGAAAGAGUGACAGAAGCUACAAAAUAAAGUCCCGUAACAGUACUGUGGAAUACACCCUUACCAAGUUGGAGCCUGGAGGGAAAUACCACAUCAUCGUCCAGCUGGGGAACAUGAGCAAAGAUUCCAGUAUAAAAAUCACCACAGUUUCAUUAUCUGCACCUGAUGCCUUAAAAAUCAUAACAGAAAACGACCACGUUCUUCUGUUUUGGAAAAGUCUUGCUUUGAAGGAAAAGCAUUUUAAUGAAAGCAGGGGCUAUGAGAUACACAUGUUCGAUAGUGCCAUGAAUAUCUCAGCUUACCUUGGGAAUACUACUGACAAUUUCUUUAAAAUUUCCAACCUGAAACUGGGUCAUAAUUACACUUUCACCGUGCAAGCAAGAUGCCUUUUUGGCAGCCAGAUUUGUGGGGAGCCUGCUGUCCUGCUGUACGACGAGCUGGGGUCUAGUGGGGGCGCGUCGGCGUCCCAGGCCGCCAGGUCCACUGACGUUGCUGCCGUGGCGGUGCCCAUCUUGUUCCUGGUCCUGCUGAGCCUGGGGGUCGGCUUUGCCGUCCUGUACACGAAGCACCGGAGGCUGCAGAGCAGCUUUACUGCCUUCGCCAACAGCCACUACAGCUCCAGGCUGGGCUCGGCCAUCUUCUCCUCGGGGGACGACCUGGGGGAGGACGAUGAAGAUGCCCCUAUGAUAAGAGGAUUUUCAGACGACGUCCCCAUGGUGAUAGCCUGAAAGCUCUCCUCACUAGAAACCAAAUGGUGUAAAUAUUUUAUUUCAUAAAGAUAGUCGAUGGUUUAUUUUAAAAGAUGCACUUUGAGUUGCAAUACGUUAUUUUUAUAUCGGCCAAAAACAAAAACAAAAAAGGAAAGAAAGGAAUGAAUAAACUUUGUAGUAAUCAGCUGCGAACUUCAAACCAGGUUGAUUUUAGUAACCAAAUUGCUCUGAUUUCAUAUUAAUGUAGUCUUACAGGGCUGUGCUUGCUGGGCAUGCUUUUAAGUCUGUGAGAUAAUUUUGAGUCAAUAAAUUGGCCGUUCUUUUUAUUUUUCUAAGA